UUUAGUGUUAGGAAAAAAAUAGUAGUUUAGAUUCUGAGUACUCAGGCUAAACUCUCCGAGACCAUAAACUUUCAUGAAAUGCCAGUGACACUAGCUGCCGUCCCAUCCAUUAGCUUUGUCCCAUUUUUCCACGUCUCUUCCUUUCUCACCUGUUACUCUUUCUAAGCUACAAUGCCGCGUCGACGCCGUGGAAGAGGCAGAGGCAGUGGCGGUGGACAAGGUGGAGGAGGAAGUGGCCCGGGUGCUCCCCCUGGCUCCUCUCCACCUGCUCCACCGACCGCUUUUUUAUCGGUGGCUCCUCCAGCCACUUCUUUUCCGGCCACACCUUCAGCAGUCGCUUCUCCGGCUGGACCUCCUCCGCUAGCUCUAGCUUCAUGCGAUUCUUCUGUGGCGUCGAGCUCAGCUCUGCCACUGGUUUCAGAUUCAACCUCUGCGGCUCCUCUGAGCCGUGAAAUCGACGAUAAACUUACAUUAUUGCAGGUUCCAGCGCCUCUGCAAUUUCCUUUUACCUUUCCAAAGAGGCCUGGGUACGGAACCAUCGGAAAGAGAAUCGCUGUCCGAGCAAAUCAUUUUCUUGUGGAAGUCGCGGACAGAGAUCUCCAUCACUACGCCGUUUCCAUUACACCCGCGGUUACUUCAAAGAAAAUCAACCGAGUUAUAAUUAACCAACUGGUUAACUUAUACAAAGAAUCACACUUGGGUAGCCGAAGUCCUGCAUAUGAUGGCUGGAGUAACCUCUAUACAGCAGGGCCAUUGCCGUUUAUGUCGAUGGACUUUGUUAUCAAGUUAAUUGAAAAUGAUGAUCUUCGUGCCUCAUCAUCUUGUUCAGUGAGAAAGGAAUAUCGGUUUAUAGUGACAAUCAAGUUCAUUUCUAGGGCUGACAUUCACCAUCUUCGACAGUUUUUGAGCGGUAGGCAACUGGAUGCUCCACAAGAAACCAUACAAGCUCUUAGUGUGGUUCUUAAAGCGACAUCAUCAGAGAAGUACAACGUUGUGGGGAGGUCAUUUUUCCAUCCUGAGUUGGGUCGAAUGGGUGAACUGGCCGGUAAUGGUAUAGAAUAUUGGAGAGGAUAUUAUCAGAGUCUUCGUCUAACCCAAAUGGGACUUUCCCUUUGUAUUGAUCUGUCAGUUCAGCCUUUCUAUGAGCCAAUUCUUGUGAUAGAGUUUCUUGCAAAACAUUUUAAUUUCCAUUUUUCAAGCAGCAUGCCUGAUCAAGAUCGUCAGAAGAUUAACAAAGCACUGAGAGGAGUCCAAAUUGAGGUUACUCAUAGGGAGUAUUUCAAAAGUCACAAAGUCACUGGGAUAACAACAAAACCAACUAGCGAGUUAACGUUUACUCUUGGUGACAAGAAAACAAAAAAGUCAGUCACUGAAUAUUUUUAUGAUAAAUAUAACAUUGCGCUUCAGAAUCUGCCUGCCCUUCAAGCUGGGAGUGAUGCCAAACCUAUUUAUUUGCCAAUAGAGCUUUGUAAGAUUGCAGCUGGACAAAGAUACUUCAAGCGAUUAAAUGAAAGACAAGUAAUUAAUCUAUUAAGAGCAACUUGUCAACGGCCUCAAGAAAGGGAAAAUAGAAUCAAGGAGAUGGUUAGGAAAAACAAUUUUAAUGGCAGUUCGCUUGUAAAUACGGAGUUUGGAAUUCAAGUAAGGGAUGAACAUUCAUUGGUUGAUGCUCGAGUUUUGCCAUCUCCAAUGCUUUUAUAUCAUAAUACUGGGAUAAAACAAAGGGAACAACCUAGAAUGGGACAGUGGAAUAUGAUAAACAAGAGAAUGAUCAACGGCGGUCGAGUGGAAUUUUGGACAUGUGUGAACUUCUCUAAACGAGUGAACAGAGAUUUGCAAUUUGAAUUUUGUGACCAAUUGAUCAAUAUGUGCAGUAGCAAAGGAAUGGUCUUUAACCCAAACCCUUUGCUUCCCAUACAUUCAGCUUGUUCUAGUCAAGUUGAGAUGGCUCUUAGGGAUAUUCACAAGCAGUGUGUGGCUAAGUUUAAAGAAAUUGGACAAGCAGGAAAACAACUUCAGCUAUUGAUAAUUAUUUUGCCGGACUUCAUUGGGUCGUAUGGACAAAUUAAACGAGUAUGUGAAACAGAACUGGGAAUCGUUUCUCAGUGUUGUCAGCCCCGCCACGCAUCAAAGCUUAAUAUGCAAUAUCUUGAAAAUAUGGCCCUCAAAAUCAACGUGAAGGUUGGGGGACGUAACACUGUGUUAAAUGAUGCUUUUCAAAGAAAUAUUCCUCUUGUGACUGAUCGCCCUACAAUUAUAUUGGGUGCGGGUGUGACCCAUCCCCAGCCAGGAGACGACUCUUCUCCUUCAAUAGCAGCGGUAGUGGCUUCCAUGGAUUGGCCUGAGGUCACUAAGUACAGAGGAGUUUUCUCUGCACAACCUCCUUGUGAAGAAAUUGUCCAAGAUCUCUAUGCAUCAUUCCAGGAUCCUCAAAGGGGCUUAGUUCAUGGAGGAAUGAUUAGGGAACUACUUAUUGCAUUCAGAAAGUCCACUAAUCAAAAACCCCACAGGAUUAUAUUCUACAGAGAUGGUGUCAGUGAAGGCCAAUUCAGUCAGGUUCUACUUUAUGAGAUGGAUGCAAUAAGAAAGGCCUGUCUCUCACUAGAGGAUGGAUAUCUGCCACCUGUUACUUUUGUGGUGGUGCGAAAAAGACAUCAUACACGGCUUUUUCCUGCAGAUCAUACAAAUCGUGAUCAGAUAGACCAGAGUGGCAAUAUUCUUCCUGGCACUGUUGUCGAUACCCAGAUUUGCCAUCCAACAGAGUUUGACUUUUACCUCAAUAGCCAUGCUGGAAUUCAGGGAACUAGCCGGCCUGCACACUACCACGUGUUAUAUGAUGAGAACAACUUCAAUGCAGAUUCCUUACAGAUGUUAACAAAUAAUUUAUGUUACACCUAUGCAAGGUGCACUCGCUCUGUUUCCAUAGUUCCUCCUGUUUAUUAUGCCCAUUUGGCAGCUGUUCGGGCACGUUAUUACAUUGAGAGUGAGACAUUAAAUAGUGGCUCUACAAGUGGGAGUGAGAACAGAGUGGAGAUUCGGCCCCUUCCUCUAAUCAAGGAUAACGUGAAAGAUGUUAUGUUUUAUUGCUGAAUGAGUUUGCCCUUUCCUUUUACUGCAUCGGAAUGAAGAAGUAUCUGAAUGGUAUGAUAUAGUUUAUGUUGCCAAGGCUUUUAGAUUUUGAUUAUCUUUUGGGUAUUUUUCUUCACAUUUGUGCAACUGUUGGUUUUUCAACGUGCAUCUAAACCGUGGUUAUAAUGGUUUUUAUACUUACACCUUGAAGGAAAAGUAAAUAUUGUUCUUGAGUGUGUUUUAUGUUUGAGCAACUGUUGGCUUUGCAAUCUGCUUUGCUUUGCAAUGUGCUUUUGAACCCUGGUUGUAGGACUCUUGAAAGUGGUCAUCCUUGUACUGAUGACCACUUUGGGCAAGUUGUUUUGUAAAUGGUCAUUGUACUGAUGCAGUGGAACAAAACUAUUCA